GAGUCACCUGCAGAAGAGGCAUUCAUAACUUGCAGAGGAGGUGGUGGUGGAUGGGGUCCAAGGUCUUUGUCGCGUCUGUCACAUGAUCGUGUCACUAGCCUCGUUACAUGCCCUCUUCCUCCACUAGCUUUCUUUAUACUCCAUCCUGUCUGACGUUCACAAAUUAGUCUGCUCUGCACCGUUGUAACUCUAUCUUGCUUUCGUGGUGUCAUCUCUUCCUCUCUAUCAUCCCAAAGGAUCACCGCGUGUAGUCACUACUUCAUGGAUCACUCGCACACAGCCUCAUCAUCCUCAGUCCCGCGGAGACCAGAUUUGAAGAAGAAGCUUGUUGUUGUCGGUGAUGGUGGCUGCGGAAAGACCUGCCUUCUUAUUGUUUAUGCCGAGAAUCGGUUUCCAGAGGCCUAUAUUCCUACGGUGUUCGAGAACUAUGUUACGCUGGUCCAAUUCGAGGGACGAUUGGUCGAACUCGCACUCUGGGAUACUGCUGGUCAGGAAGAGUACGAUCGCCUACGACCUCUGAGUUACCCAGAAAGCGAUGUUAUCCUCAUCGUAUUCUCCAUUGAUUUCCCUGUGAGCCUUGCCAAUGUUCAGGAUAAAUGGUAUCCGGAAGUAGCCCAUUUCUGUGAGGGCACGCCGCUUAUACUCGUAGGAACGAAGACGGAUCUUCGAAGAGAUGAGCAGACGCGUCGGAUGCUUAGUGCUCAGGGUCAGACAACUGUGACAGCAGAGCGCGGUGCUGCGGUUGCGAGAGAGAUCGGUGCCAAAUACAUAGAAUGUUCGGCCAAGACUGGGGAUGGCGUGCAAGAUGUCUUUGGAUUAGCCCUAAGAGAGAGCAUGCGAGGAAAAUGGGGCAAGAUGGUCAAACAACGGCGAUGCGUUGUUACAUAGUGGCGAUGGGGAUAGGUUGUAGCUUGGCGUAGGCGAUUUAUUUUGACAUAUAUACCAGUCCUGUGCUUUAUUGUCGCAUCUGCGUAGACUAUUAUUUGUGGUAUAUUUUGAUACCCAGGUCAUUGUGAUCAACAGGCGAGAG